AUGUCAAUGAACCGUGCAGGAAAUGUAGCUACGAAACACCAGAGAAAAUGUUGGGCAAACAUGAAAUCGGAAACAUGCCGUGAACAAUGUCGAACCAACCAAGCACGAUAUCGUCAGAAACAGCGUGAAUACGUGUCAAAGCUUGAGGCAACCGUAGCACAACUACGAGAAGAGAUUCCAAUGCUUGAGGUGCAGCGUCGACGAUUUCGGUACGAUUCACGGCAACGGGUAUGGGACGUUGUUGUCGAGUACUUUCAACUCUUUCGCCACGGAGUUGAGGGCGACGGUUUUGAGCAAGGAUUGACACAUACAAGUGACUUUUUCCGUGCAACAGAAGCUCAGCAACAGGUGAUGUUUCUGCGAUCAACCAUGGCACCGAACAUUAAGUUUGGUAAUGCAAGAGGGGUGGCGGUCUUCAUGACGUACUGGCGGCAAAUGUCCGAGUACCAUGAAGAUCUGCAUUUCAAACUAACGCAUAUGGAAAAAGUGUCGGAAAGCAUCGUCAUUGCUACGGCUAUUCUGAGUGUGACAAUCACGAAAACUACGCUCGAGUUUGUCUUUCCUCACCUCAUGAGGUCCAAUAACGUAGAGGAUUUAUCUCUGGCAGUGAGGUUGCUCGGUCACAAGGUAGACUACCCGUGCUCAGUGAUGUUUGUCUGGGAUGAAGAAACUAGUCUCGUGAUACGAAUGGAGACCGAUAUUGACAUGACAUCGCCGUUCCUUAAAAUUCUACGCAAUCUCAAGGAUACCUCCCGUGUAAUUGAAGGAGCCGUCAUGGCUCCAGCCUCCUCAUUAAAGUUAUAUUGA